GGAAACAAACUGAGGGUUGCAGGAGGGAAGGGGGUGGGGGGAUGGGGUAACUGGGUGAUGGACAUUAAGGAGGGCACAAGAGGUAAUGAACGCUGAGUAUUAUUAAGACUGAUGAAUCAUUGAUCUCUACCUCUGAAACCAAUGAUAUAUGUUUAUUAAUUGAAUUUAAAUUUUAAAACAAUUAGCAGGAAAACACAACUUAAUAAAACAUAAUAUAGUGGUAUAAUAUAGUAACUUAAUAUGAGGACCUCUGAACACGUGCCAUUAUAUUGUGUUUGACCAGAACAAGUAAAAUUAAGAGGAAAAUUGAAUCAGAUGUUCCUGGUAAAUUACAGGUAGUGAAACUUCUGUGGCUUAUAGUACCAAAUAGAUAUUGACUAUUUCAGCUGUCUUGUUUGCUGAGGAAGAUGGCAAAACCCCAAUUUACAGAUGGAGAAAUAGACUGAAAGAUAACUUGCCCAAGCUGUAUAGCUGUUCCUGAGAUAGGCCCCAAACCUUCCUUCGCCUCUAAAUAUAUUGCUUUUGCUACCUCUACAGCCUGGUUUUCAAUAACAAUAAUAAUAAUAAUAUCUUUGUAUCACCUGCAUAAUUCAUUCAUUCAUUGAACAAAUAGUUACUGAGUGUCUUCUGUGCUAACAACAAAAAAUACUGCUCAUGGUGCUAGAGAUACCAUAGUGAACCAACAAAGUUCCUGCCCCCAGCUAAUAUUCUGGUAAGUGAAACAAUGAUCAAUUAAACAAAUAUAUAAUUUUAGAUAUUGAGAUGUCAUUUUUAAAAAUAGGCAAGCUAAGAGGAUGGGUAAUAGUGGUUAAGAGGCAGGAGAGUUCUCUUAGAAUUGUAAGAAAGACUUCUCUGGGGAAUCUGACUUGAGCAGAAACCUGAAUGAAAUGAGAAAGUUGGGGUAAUAAAAGAAAGGAGUUGGCUUGAACAACUGGAAAAGUGGAGUUGUCAUUUAUUGAUUUGAAAUAAUACUGUGGCAGGAGGAGGUUUUGAGUUUUAAUUCAGUUUUAUUAGACAUUUUCAGAUGCCUCUUUGACAUCCAAAUGGACAUAGAUAUUUAAGGACAGAUUAAGUAAGGGCCCAUGAAGGGAUUAGGUAAGAACCUAUGAAGGGAUUGGAUGUAGGUAGAGAGAGGACCAAGGACUAGGGCACUUCAGUAUUCAGAAUUCAAGGAGGUGAGGAAGAACCAGGAGGGUAGAUUGAAAAGCAGAGUGCAGCGUGUUAUGAGGAAAACCACAAAGGCAAACAGCUUUAGAAGACAGGUAAAGAAAGUAUAUUAUGGGAAAAGGGAUAAUUCAAAUAUAUUGCAGGUUGGUCAAAUCAAGUAAAGAUUGAGAAUCGAUCAUUUCACAGAGAAUAGAGAAAAUAUUUUCAUUCAAAUGAUCUUAUUGUCACUUGCUUGAAAAAAAAGUAUAUCCUUUUUGCAAAAGCUUCAUUUUUUACAACCUUUUUGAGGGUAAUUUGAUAAUAUCUAUCAGAAACUUAAAUGUAUUUUUCUUUUUUUUAAGAAGGCUCCACUCCCAGCAUGAAGCCCAAUGUGGGGAUUGAACUCACAACCCUGAGAUCAAGACCUAACCUGAGAUCAAGAGUCAGACACUUAACCAACUGAGCCACCCAGUGGUUUGAUACUAUCUUUAGAAACUAGAUCUGCCUUGUCUCCAAGCAACAGGUUCAGCGGACAGCUCCUUCUGAAGUCUGGCUAAGCUGUGAGGAUCAGAAGUGGAUCCUUCCUGAAGACAUUGCUGUUGAUGCUGGGCAUACCUCAGCAUCAAUUCCUGACUGCUCUAUGCAGACUGUCCUUGGAAGCACCUUGGAUCACCAUUACUAGAUCUGUUUCAUGCUUCUUUUAUCUCCAGCAUGUCAGGCCCUCUCCAGUUUUUAAACCACUCAGAUCCAGGAAGGCUUGCUACUGGCCAAAGCAAAGGGCUCCACGAGGCUAAGUCAUCAAAAGGCAGGCAUCUAUCAGCUCACACAUCUCAGAAAAAUAGCCCAGUGGCUUGUUUUGAUCCACCUGUUGUGAUUCCCACCAAGAACCCAAUGAGGUACAACAAAAGGGCAGCUGACCUGGUCUGUCCUGACCUUACUGGUUUGUUGGUGAAAAACAAGAAUCUUUUAGCUGAGCUAAGAAAUCUUCAAAACAAGCUCCUCAUAAAGGAAACUUCAUUGCAAGAGAUGAAGAAUGAGCUAGAAAGUUACAAAGAAAAUAAUGUGCAACAGUCUUUCCAGAUAAUGUCCCUGAAAGAUGAUAUCAAGGACCUAGAGGAACUUACUGCUUCUCUAACCAGAAUUAAAUCUUUGAAAAACACCAAUAUUCAGAAUCUUGAAAGAGGCAACUGGGAUCUAACUGAAAGAAUUAAAGAACUAGAAAACCGUCUAAGAGUACAUCUGUUUGAAAGAGAAAAGGCAGAGGGAAAAGCAGGCCUUUUGGAGAAAACGUUAGCAGAUACUGAUGGAUUCACCCCUUAUAUGAAUAUGAAAGGACAAGAAGAUUCCUUGGAUAGUUUCAUGAUGACGGUUAAAGGUGAAGCUAUCCUGACCAAGAACUUUGAAAGAGAUAUUUUUCACUCUGAAGGACCAAAAGAUGGGCAGAAAAUUUGGGAUAAGUAUCAACAAGAUUCAAUCCAUAAGGAAAAACAAAAAUCUGAGUUGGACAGACCUCCACAUUCAUUCGGCUGGGAAACCAAAACUGCACGAUCACAGUAUCAGAAAUUCCUCAGUCAGUUGGCUACUCUUCUGAGCAACAGUGUGGUCCUCAUACCAGCCACCGAGGAAGCUGUGAAAGAGAGGAUUCAGGAAAUUGGUGCAAAAGAGCGAUCUUGGAAGUCUAGGACUGAAGACCUCCAGCAGGAAAUUCUGACGCUCACUCAGCGCCUGGAGCAGCUGCAGCGUCGCUCUGAGGAAGCUGCCGGAGAAUCAUCCCAAAUGCAAGACAGGUGUAGGGAACAAGAAAGACCCUUGACAUGUCCGGAAGGAAGAAUUGCUCUUAAUGACUUUUUGCAAGAGAGUUUAGACUUGGACAGGAAUAAAGAAAACUCUGGAACUAAGAAUUCGUGGACAGACAAGCACGGCAAGAUGUGCAAACAGCUAGAGAAAGAAAACGAGCAACAAACAUUAUUGAAUAUUCAGCAGAAUUUACAGAUUACUACAACUCAGAGACUAGAGGAGAAAAUUCAGAAACUUCAGAAACAGCUCAGUGAUUUGAAAUUGUCAAAUAAAAGUAUGAAAAUUCAACUUACAAAAGUAAAUGUCCUUAAGGACAAAACAAUCAAAAAGCUCAGGCAAUCUUUAACACAAGUUGAAGCAAUGAGAGGGAAAGCAGUUAUGAAAACAGACAACUUGAAAACUACAUUAGACUCUGCCAAGCAAGAGGCAAGAGGGGGCAAAGAGAAGGUCCAUCAGCUGUUGGAUGCGGUCACUCCUGAGCUCUGCACAGCAAAGAGCACGCUUGAUAAAGUACCACAACAACAAGAGCUUUCUGGUUUUCGAGAAACUAUUAUGAGGAUGUUGGGAUUUAACAUGAGAACAGCUGACAAGGAAAUCAUCAAUCACCUAAGGCUUAUUAUACAAGAUUAUGAAGUAUCUAACAAAUCAAAGAUUGCAUCUGAUUGUGAGACUAGACAGGAUAAUGAAUAAAAAAGUUCUGUUUUCAUUGCUGCCAACAAGAACACAGAAGAUACAACAUCUCUUCCAGCAUCUUGGAUUGGCUACAUUAUGAAUAAAAUGCAUUGGGAAUUUUUCACUUGAAAAAUUCUCUCCUUUAA